GGCCGUUGCCGCAGUGACAGAGCUGGGGGUGUCCGAAGAUGGCGGCGUCGCGUCGCUCUCAGCAUCAUCACCACCAUCAUCAACAACAGCUCCAGCCCGCCCCAGGGGCUUCGGCGCCGCCGCCGCCACCUCCCCCACCUCUCAGUCCCGGCCUGGCCCCAGCGACCACCCCAGCCUCCCCCACGGCCGGUGGCCUGGCCCCCUUCGCUUCCCCGCGGCACGGCCUAGCGCUGCCGGAGGGGGAUGGAAGUCGGGAUCCGCCCGACAGGCCCCGAUCCCCGGACCCACUUGACAGUACCAGCUGUUGCAGCACCACCAGCACAAUUUGUACCGUCGCCGCUGCGGCCGCGGUCCCGGCGGCUUCUGCUGCAUCUGCCGUCGGGGUCGCUCCCAAUCCAGCCGGCGGUGGCAGUAACAAUUCACCGUCGUCCUCUUCUUCCCCGACUUCUUCCUCCUCUUCCUCUCCUUCCUCCCCUGGAUCGAGCUUGGCGGAGAGCCCCGAGGCAGCCGGAGUUAGCAACACAGCGACACUGGGACCUGGGGCAGCGGGACCUGGGACAGGGGUCCCAGCAGUGAGUGGGGCCCUACGGGAGCUGCUGGAGGCCUGUCGCAAUGGGGACGUGUCCAGGGUAAAGAGGCUGGUGGACGCGGCAAACGUCAAUGCAAAGGACAUGGCCGGCCGGAAGUCGUCUCCCCUGCACUUCGCUGCAGGUUUUGGAAGGAAGGAUGUUGUGGAACACUUACUGCAGAUGGGUGCUAACGUCCAUGCUCGUGAUGAUGGUGGUCUCAUCCCGCUCCAUAAUGCCUGUUCUUUUGGCCAUGCUGAGGUUGUGAGUCUGCUACUGUGCCAAGGAGCUGAUCCAAAUGCCAGGGAUAACUGGAACUAUACUCCUCUGCACGAAGCCGCUAUAAAAGGGAAAAUUGAUGUGUGCAUUGUGCUGCUGCAGCACGGAGCGGAUCCAAACAUUCGGAACACUGAUGGGAAAUCAGCCCUGGACCUGGCAGAUCCUUCAGCAAAAGCUGUCCUUACAGGUGAAUACAAGAAAGACGAACUCCUAGAAGCUGCUAGGAGUGGUAAUGAAGAAAAACUAAUGGCUUUACUGACUCCUCUCAAUGUGAAUUGCCACGCAAGCGAUGGGCGAAAGUCCACUCCUUUACAUCUAGCAGCGGGCUACAACAGAGUUCGAAUAGUUCAGCUUCUUCUUCAGCAUGGUGCUGAUGUUCAUGCAAAAGACAAAGGUGGACUUGUACCUCUUCAUAAUGCAUGUUCAUAUGGACAUUAUGAAGUCACAGAACUGCUGCUAAAGCACGGAGCUUGUGUGAACGCCAUGGAUCUCUGGCAGUUUACUCCACUGCACGAGGCUGCUUCCAAGAACCGCGUUGAAGUCUGCUCCUUGUUACUCAGCCACGGUGCCGACCCUACGCUGGUCAACUGCCACGGCAAAAGUGCUGUGGACAUGGCUCCCACUCCUGAACUCCGAGAGAGAUUGACUUAUGAAUUUAAAGGUCAUUCUUUACUGCAAGCAGCCAGGGAAGCAGACCUAGCCAAAGUUAAAAAAACUCUUGCUUUGGAAAUCAUUAAUUUCAAACAACCACAGUCUCAUGAAACAGCACUGCAUUGUGCUGUGGCUUCCCUGCAUCCCAAACGAAAGCAAGUGACAGAAUUGUUACUUAGAAAAGGAGCAAAUGUGAAUGAAAAAAAUAAAGAUUUCAUGACUCCCCUGCAUGUUGCGGCAGAGAGAGCUCACAAUGACGUCAUGGAAGUGCUGCACAAACAUGGAGCAAAGAUGAACGCGCUGGACACCCUUGGUCAGACUGCUUUGCAUAGAGCUGCCCUCGCAGGCCACCUGCAGACCUGCCGCCUCCUGCUGAGUUAUGGCUCUGAUCCCUCCAUCAUCUCCUUACAAGGCUUUACAGCAGCACAGAUGGGGAACGAAGCGGUGCAGCAGAUUCUGAGUGAAAGUACACCUGUACGCACUUCCGACGUUGACUAUCGGCUUUUAGAAGCAUCUAAAGCUGGAGACUUGGAAACUGUGAAGCAACUUUGCAGCCCUCAAAAUGUGAAUUGCAGAGACUUAGAGGGCCGGCACUCAACACCGCUACACUUUGCAGCAGGCUAUAACCGCGUGUCUGUUGUAGAGUACCUGCUGCAUCAUGGCGCAGACGUCCACGCCAAAGACAAAGGCGGCUUGGUGCCUCUUCAUAAUGCCUGUUCAUACGGACACUAUGAGGUGGCUGAGCUCUUAGUGAGACACGGGGCUUCUGUCAAUGUGGCGGACCUCUGGAAGUUUACCCCCCUUCAUGAAGCAGCAGCUAAAGGGAAGUAUGAGAUCUGCAAGCUCCUCUUGAAACAUGGAGCAGAUCCAACUAAAAAGAACAGAGAUGGAAACACGCCCUUAGACUUGGUGAAAGAAGGAGACACAGAUAUUCAGGACUUGCUGAGAGGAGACGCUGCCUUACUGGAUGCUGCCAAGAAGGGCUGCCUGGCCAGAGUGCAGAAGCUGUGCACCGCGGAGAACAUCAACUGCAGGGACACCCAGGGCAGGAACUCGACGCCGCUGCACCUGGCAGCAGGCUAUAAUAACCUGGAAGUAGCUGAAUAUCUUCUAGAACAUGGAGCAGAUGUUAAUGCCCAGGACAAAGGCGGUUUAAUUCCUCUUCAUAAUGCAGCAUCUUACGGGCAUGUCGACAUAGCAGCAUUACUGAUCAAAUAUAAUACCUGUGUAAAUGCAACAGACAAGUGGGCAUUUACUCCUCUUCACGAAGCAGCCCAAAAAGGAAGGACACAGUUGUGUGCCCUACUCCUAGCACACGGUGCAGAUCCAACCAUGAAGAACCAAGAGGGCCAGACGCCUUUAGAUCUGGCAACAGCUGACGAUAUCAGAGCUUUGCUGAUAGAUGCCAUGCCCCCAGAGGCCUUACCUACCUGUUUUAAACCUCAGGCUACUGUAGUGAGUGCAUCUUUGAUCUCACCAGCGUCCACCCCCUCCUGCCUGUCUGCUGCUAGCAGCAUUGAUAACCUCACUGGCCCUUUAGCCGAGCUGGCAGUAGGAGGAGCCUCGAACGCAGGGGACGGUGCAGCUGGUACAGAAAGGAAGGAAGGAGAAGUUGCGGGUCUUGACAUGAAUAUUAGCCAGUUCCUAAAAAGCCUUGGUCUUGAACAUCUUCGGGAUAUCUUUGAAACAGAACAGAUUACACUAGAUGUGCUGGCUGACAUGGGUCAUGAAGAGUUGAAAGAAAUAGGCAUCAAUGCAUAUGGACAUCGCCACAAAUUAAUCAAAGGAGUAGAAAGACUUUUAGGUGGACAGCAAGGUACCAAUCCUUAUUUGACUUUUCACUGUGUUAAUCAGGGGACUAUCUUGCUGGAUCUUGCUCCAGAGGAUAAAGAAUAUCAGUCAGUAGAAGAAGAGAUGCAGAGUACCAUCCGAGAACACAGAGAUGGCGGGAAUGCUGGGGGCAUCUUCAACAGAUACAACGUCAUUCGAAUUCAAAAAGUUGUCAAUAAGAAGCUGAGGGAGCGAUUCUGCCACAGACAGAAGGAGGUCUCGGAGGAGAAUCACAACCAUCACAACGAGCGCAUGUUAUUUCACGGUUCUCCUUUCAUUAAUGCCAUUAUUCAUAAAGGGUUUGAUGAGCGACAUGCGUACAUAGGAGGAAUGUUUGGAGCUGGUAUUUAUUUUGCUGAAAACUCCUCAAAAAGCAACCAGUAUGUCUAUGGGAUUGGAGGAGGAACAGGCUGCCCCACACACAAAGACAGGUCAUGUUAUAUAUGUCACAGACAAAUGCUUUUCUGUAGAGUGACUCUUGGGAAAUCCUUCCUGCAAUUCAGCACCAUGAAAAUGGCUCACGCGCCUCCAGGACAUCACUCAGUUAUUGGUAGACCAAGUGUCAACGGGCUGGCAUACGCUGAAUACGUCAUCUACAGGGGAGAGCAGGCAUACCCCGAGUAUCUCAUCACGUAUCAGAUCAUGAAGCCCGAGGCGCCUUCCCAGACCGCCACUGCCGCGGAGCAGAAGACCUAGUGAACGCCCCUGGGAAAGGCCAGUUUGGAUGGAACCUGGGACUGGGUUACAGUGGAUUGUUUGAACAACAGCAAGUGAAUAUUCCGUCAAUCCCUGACAGCCUAGAAAUAAGCUGUUUGUCUUUUAUAAAGCAUUGCUAUAGUGAUGAAUCUAGUAUGAGUAACUGAUACAUACUCAACUGCUACUGUUCCCUUUGAGGAAAUGUUUACAGGGGCGGCCUUUUCACAUAUCUCAGGCUCAUUUUCAUUGCAGUUAUCCAAUUCUAAAACAAAAUUGCUUGAUCUAGACUUGGACAUGGAAAACAAGAAAACCAAUACUGUUCCACAUGUUCACUGUUACACACUACAUUUGCUUUGUUAUGCAUCACACAUGUAUAUAGCAGACAUACACAUAAUUGUUUCGAAAUGUGCAUCAUUGGCGCGUUUUGUUUUGUUUUGUUACAUUGAAAAUGAGCCAGAACCUUCUUGAGGACAUUUUGCACAAAGUCACACUGACUAAAGUCAUGAGCAAUGCAACCCACGCUUCUGGCCUAGCGAGAUUCAGUUUCCACUCUCUUUUUUUUUACUUUCACUGGUUUGAUUUUUGGGUCUGUGCUUAAAUUCACUUAAACUGAAAUGAAAAGGAAAAAUGACAGUGUUCGUUCGCUUUUGUAAAUUGGCGCAUCUUGCACGGGAAGGGCACAGACAGCCCCCCCUCUCCCCCCCCAGUUUAGGAGCCCCAGGUUGAGAGAAGUCAGAGCCUGAGAAGCAUCACUUGCUCCAUGCACAGGUGCGCAGGAAGUGCUGGAGAGGCCAGCAGAGCUCGGCCAGAGAAAUGUUGGAGUGAGGCCACUGCGCCAGUCGUUCCCCGGGUGAAGACUAGGCAGGCUGCAAGGGAGGAGCAGUGGCAAGCCGCGGGUGGAGCACGGGAUCUACAGCAUCACAGCCAAAAGCAUUGAGGGGCUCCUCAAAGAGUCAGUUCUUCCCCUCACUUAAUCUGCACCACCAGAGUUGCCGCCCCAAAAUUAGCUGCCUUAUUUCCAAAGUCAGAGGAAUUGUGCCUCAUCAAAGUCACAAAAUGAUUAUCCUGUUGUUUUCUUUAGCUUCGAUAGAUACACACAAUGCAAGAAUGUUUUUGUUUAAUCCAGAUUUGGUGUUCAUUUUGAGUGGUAUGCUACAGAGAGCUUAGAAAGAAAGAUCCCUGUACUAAAUUUUUGAGCUUCAAACUUUUCAGAUUUCUUAAUAUUUAGGCAAGAUCAUCAAAAACGGAAACCAAAGCUUUUUAGUUGUGUGUGUUUUGUGAUGGAGGUGGUGGAGAGCCCCAGUCCCGGUGUGACAGGAGCUCGCUGCGUGCUGGAGUCAGCACUGGCCCAGGGCACAUCGACUCAGGGCCAUGCGCUGCAGUACUCACACUUCCCUUUCCACCUGAGCUAAGUAGCAAACCCAGUGCAUCGAUUCCACGCUACUCGACAGGCUGCGUGUCUGCUCAGCUUUGAAGAAAAUGGAAUACAAACAUGGUGGAAAAGUCAGAAAGGCAGCAUGACACGAACUUGCCAUUUCGAUGUAAAGCCUUGGAAGCUAAUUUGGAGGACUUUUAAAAUGUAGGCUGAUUUAAAUUACCUGAGGUGAAAUAAAAUGCUUACAUGCAAAAUUUUUAGCAAUAGGCUCUUAAAAAUACACAUCUUGCUUUCUUUUUUGGCUAGAGUCCAGUGCUAGAACUAGACAGCCACACUAGUUUGAAUUCUAUAGCUCCAUCUCAUGUGGGUCCUCAGAAUUUCAGUGCAGAAGAAGCAUCAGUUUUCGGUUCUGUUGAAGGGUCAGUGGCCCGAGCUGGGUGUUCGCAUCGUGGCUGUGUGCUUGAUAACACUAGAAUUCCAGUGGAGCUUCAAACUUCCCGAUUCAGUGAGAGAACUUUCUUUCCUCUGUUCCUUUUUGGCUGUGUGUAACAAAGGGUCAAAGAAAUUCCCAUCUGUCUAGUUUUCAGUAGUUCCCAGGUGUGUAUUUCCUGCCCCCCUCCCUUAGAUAUAGUUUUAAACGGUCAGCACAGCCGUGAUUUUUAGUUAAGUAAAAGUGUUUCUAUGGUAUAGAUAUGGAAAGCUUUAUGACUUCAUUAAAAUGGUAAACCACUACCCAACUGUGGUUGUGUGUCGUUUCCAUUAUACUAACUAGAUUAAUGGAUGUGUCAGUUUUAAACUUGAGCCUUACACUUGAGAAGUCAAACUGUGGUUCAGUAUUCAAACUGCCAUUGUCAUGUGUUCUGUGUCAGACGUUCUGUGUGCCAAGUAAAGGGUACUCCGUAAGGAAGACAUGUGCAGUGCUUCUUGUCUUGUGAUGAUACAUGUAUGUGGUAGUUCUUGAAAGAAUGUGCGUGCAUUAUUCAUUGCUAAAGGGAGAGGGCUAAUGGGUGUAUCACAGGAGCAAGUAACACUUUUUCAGAACUUGAAAACCAAAGGUCAUCAUGCGUGUACUCAGAAAAGCAUAAGUUGAGUACAUUUAGGAUUUCCAUCAGCAGUGAUGUUAAGACCUUAUGGCAUAUUGAAAACAUGGCAUUGACUUAAGCAGAAAUCUGCUUAAUUUCUUGCAUAUGUACUAUAUGGAAACACUAGGAAGUCAGGGGCUUCCAUUGUAGUCCUCCCCUCCACCCCCCACCGCCCUGAAAUGGCCCCUGUGUUUCUCAGACUGUGUGGAAGUCAGAAUUCGAACACGUCACCAUGCGCUCUACCAGAGUUCCAAUAGCAGAGGGCUUCUCUAGACCUGAUGGUUCCAGGUCACUGGUAUUGUCCAGCGGGAUACUUGACACAGGCAUCAGUUAAGUGCUCUGGACUAGACACUUUUUUUUAACUAGGCCUCCAUCCAUUUCCCCCGGAUUGCUAGUCUGAAAAUAAAAUUCGCUGCAACAGUUAUCCCUGACCCCAUUCAUUCUUCAUUUCUUCUCUUCAUCUAGGACUUACAGGAGGUACCUCUCCAUUUUCAUAUCACAAUCAGAAAUGAGUAGUGGGCCUCAUACAUUGUCUGCCCAGAAGGUUGUGCCACUUUGUGAACAAAUAAUAGCAUGGAACCCAGAGUUGUAAUUCUGUGCAACAUUAUAGCAGUGCAACCGGGAUUCCUAUUUACCUUUCCUUCUUGAAGUUUGGAAUUUCUAGCUUUUUGGGCAAUAUAAAUAGAAUAAAGAUAUUAGGAUGUUUCAUGAAAUAGCAUCCUUGUACUCCUUGGAGCUUGAUAUCAGUGGUGAAAAUAAUUUCCCUUUGGCUCUCAAAAUAGCAAGGUGCAUUGAAAUAUACCUGAAUAUGGCAAACAAAUAAAGUAAUACAGAUUAACUUUCUGUUAUUAUAGCCACUAUACAAAAAAAAAAAAAAAAAGUUGGCUUACACUGGAAAAAUGGCAUCAGAAUACAGUACGUUCUCCAGGUUUUUCUGUUUCAGUGCGUCUCCCAAUUGCGCAGAGGGUUGUUGGACAUUGUUUCCUCUCCCUUUAUAAACAUGAUGCUCUCUGGAUUCCUGCCGAUGGCCUUGCGCACGGGAAGUGGUGUGUGUCUCUAAGACUCUUUUCCCAGAGUGUCCAGAUGAUAUCUGUGAUACGUAGCCUUCUGAUUGUGUGUUCUGUUGGGUUAAUUAUCUCGCGUAGAGCCACAGGCUAGUCAUUUAGCAAAUACCCAAACCUGACAUGAAGAUAGGGCUUCCUGUGUCAGAAAUUCAUUGAAAGACUCAGGUUGACUAAAGUUAAAUGUAUAUGAUGGCCAAUCAAUGACAGAGAAAUGAAAAGAACUGUAAGUAGUAUUCGAGCUGUGGUGGGACCCAUCUAGUAUAUGAAAAGUAAACGCGUUCAAAAAUUACCACCCCCAAAAUCAGGCUUGUUCAGACAACUUAUGCAUUCUGCAAUCAAUGGACAAUUACAUUUUUCUUCUUAAGAAAGCCUUAACUGUGGCAGAAACUUUUUACAUUUUUCUAUUCUAGUAAGUAAGAUAUUGUAAAUGCAAUUCUUCGUGCUUGAAGGGUGUCAGUGUGUCAGGCAUAUCUCCGUGUGUUCCAUACCUGGUCGGCUUGUUCAGUGAGGAUGUGCUUCAUAGAUAAUACUCCCCUCUAAACAGCAGGAUUGAUGUGAUCCAUCCAUUCUGCUUUCUCCAUAUUUGAAACUCCUCAGCUCCAGGCUCUGGUUUGGAGAAAUGCUCAUGUAGUUGUGAGUGGGGGUGGGAUGACAGCCGUGCUACCAGGUAGAGGCUGAGUGGUGUGAAGCCGUAUUUCAGUCGUUUUAAGCUAUAAGCUAUGGUGAUAUUAAAGUGAAAACCUGUAGGAAGCUGAAGAUUUUAUAUACUCUGUAAGACCAAAUAUGGUUACGAUGUUGACCAGUUUUAUACACUUGCUAGAGUCCUGCCUCCUUUGAAGUAGUAUCCACACUGUAGAGGUAAUUGCAUUUUGACAAGCAUCAAGACUUUCCCCUUCUCCUUUCUGCUUUACCCGUCACAGCUCCACACCCACCCCCAUCACCCAUCCUUUCCAAAAUUCCGCUUAUGCUUAUCAUUUUUGAUCAGUCUCCCCAUUUCUGCAGGCAGCCCUGAAAGCCCAUCAGAGUGCUUGCAAAGAAAGCCAGUCAGCCCCUGGCCGUGGGUUGUACCUCGCACACCUUCACCCCCUCCCAGAGUUCAGGAUGAAAAGCUGAAGCAGGACACCUUGAGUUAGAAAGGAGCUGAAAUCUGUAAGGCUAAUAGCCUAGCCCUAGAAGAUGACCUUGACCGGAUAACCAUUGUAUUCACUACACAAAACAUUUAAACCCUUCAUGGCAUAUAAUACCCUGCUUCUGCUCCUGUUGUUUUAAGCUCAUGUUUGUGGUAGUAAUACUUGUCUUUGAUAACUACAAAACUAAAAAGGUACUUUUAUCAACAAGGUUUCUCAAAACAUUUACAAAACCAGCUUUGAGGAAACGUAGAAUGUUUCCUGGUAACAGCAUUGGGAGUAGUUACUGUAUCUUCUCACUGUGAUGUUGGUCUGUGUAGUAACCGAUGUAGUAAUUCUUUGGUUCACUGUUGCUGUGUUAUUUUUUAGUCUGUAUGACCCACCAGUGGCAGGGGAUUCCAACCCCCUCCCCUUUCUUUCUUGCAUUUGUCUGUCUGUAGGAUUGUCAGAUGAAAUACACGAUGCACAAUUAAAUUUGAAUUUCAGAUAAACAGUUUUUUAGUUCAUUUAUGUGUCACGCAAUAUUUGGCAUAUACUUAAUAACUAAAAAGAGGUAUUUGGUAUUUAUCAGAAAUUCAGAUUUAACUGAGUGUCCUGAAUUUUUGCUUUGCUUUGUUUCGUUUUGUGAAUCUGGCAACCUUCCCAGUUCGGUCACAAAAAAUGCCUUCCAGCAUGUAACGCUUGUAGUCUUCAUGGUCCUUCACCGGAAUGGAAGACCUUUCCUUCCCUCUGCCCUCUGCGUAUUUCCAAAAGAGGGCGCCAGAGAACCGGACCUGCCUCCGCGGUGGGUUUCUGUUGAGAACAUCUUUGUGAGUAUAUUUAACCUGUGAUUGUGCUUUGGCUUAACGUCUAACUUACAGUACUUGUAAUUGAUUAAUAUUCAAUAAAAACUGUUUUUAAAGUA